GUCGAUAUUUGCCCUGUGAUUGACUGGCAAGUGGCAACCAAUCCAGGAUGUGGUCAGACUUGUCAGUUGGGAUACAUGGCUGGAUGGAUGGAACUUGUGUAUAAACGAUUUUGUGUAUUAAAAAAAAAAAAAGAAAAAAAGAUGAGGGCUAGCUGUUAUGAUACUUACAGUGAUUGCUUGAGUUGAAAAUACCGCCACAUUUCCUUUUAACAUACGAACUUAAUUUAGGUUGCUAAUGCGGUCAGACUCAAACAUUGCACGAAGACUGAAAAUAUUCGAAAAAUAACUAGUCAAAAUGUUUUGAAACGUGUGUUGUCGAAUGCGCGCUUCCGUUCUGCCAGUGACGUGUUAGCGUCUCUUCUCAUUGGCUUAAAAUCCGGAAGUACUUAAAACUGGGUAGACGGAGUUGUAACGGAGCAAAUAACCACAGUGUAGUUAGUUCGAUUGGCACGAGUUGGCAGAUAAAGAUUACACUUAUAAGGGGGAGUUUGCUGUUUUUGGACAACCAUGGACGAAGUGACAGGAGCUCAGCUCAUUGCUGAGUCUCUUAUGAAUCAGAAAGUAAAAUACAUUUUUGGGAUCGUCGGCGUUCCUGUCAUUGAAGUAGCCAUGGCUGCUCAGGCUGCAGGGAUCAAAUACGUUGGCAUGCGCAAUGAACAAGCGGCGUGCUAUGCCGCAUCCGCUGUUGGAUACCUCACUGGGAGACCAGGUACCUGCUUGGUGGUGUCAGGACCUGGACUCAUUCAUGCUCUGGGUGGAAUGGCCAACUCUAACAUGAAUUGCUGGCCGGUGGUUGUUAUUGGGGGCUCUUCAGAUAGAAGCCAAGAGACAGCAGGGGCCUUUCAAGAGUUUCCCCAGGUGGAAGCAUGUCGUCUGUAUAGCAAAUUCUCCGCAAGGCCAAGCAGUCUGGAAGCCAUCCCUUCAGUGAUUGAGAAGGCUGUUCGCACAAGCAUGUAUGGGCGUCCAGGCGCUUGUUACGUGGACAUUGGGGGGGAUAUGGUGAAUGCCAAAGUGGACAGAAGCAAAGUCAGAUUUGUCCACUGUUGCCCGCCUCCGCCCGUCUGUUUGGCCGAACACAAUGCAGUGACGGAAGCCAUCGCUGUUUUGAAAUCAGCUAAAAGACCUUUAGUCAUCAUUGGCAAAGGUGCAGCCUAUGGCCGAGCAGAAGUCGCCCUGAGGAACUUUGUGGAAUUGACCCACCUGCCGUUCCUUCCCACCCCUAUGGGGAAGGGAGUGCUGCCCGAUGAUCAUCCCGAUUGUGUGGCGGCUGCGCGCUCAAGAGCUCUUCUACAGGCAGAUGUUGUGCUUCUUCUUGGAGCCCGACUCAACUGGAUCCUCCAUUUCGGUCUGCCGCCUAGAUUUGACCCAAAUGUCAAGGUCAUCCAGGUUGACCUUUGCCCUGAGGAGAUGGGAAACAAUGUAAGGCCUGCUGUUGCUCUCCUGGGGGACAUCAAUGCUGUCGUCAACCAGCUGCAUGAGUGUCUAUUGAAAGAUGGCUGGAACUAUCCUUCUGACACAGAAUGGUGGAGCACACUAAAGGAGAAAAUGGCCAGCAAUGCAAAAAUAUCAAAUGCGCUCGCUCUCAGGUCAACGCUACCCAUGAACUACUACACGGUGUUUCACCACAUCUCACGGCUGCUGCCGCACGACUGCCUAAUUGUCAGCGAGGGCGCCAACACCAUGGACAUCGGACGCACUAUGUUGAAUAACUAUUUACCGCGACACAGGUUGGACGCCGGCACAUUUGGAACAAUGGGAGUGGGCCCUGGUUUUGCUAUCGCCGCAGCUGUUGUGGAGAGGAGCGAGAAUAAGAGCCGAAGGAUUGUCUGUGUGGAAGGGGACAGUGCUUUUGGCUUUUCUGGUAUGGAGGUUGAAACCAUGUGCAGGUACAGCCUACCAAUAGUCGUGAUUGUGGUGAAUAACAAUGGUAUAUACAGCGGAGUAGAUCCUGAGACGUGGAAAGAAAUGGCAAAAAUGGGGGAUCUGACCAGCAUCGCCCCCCCUGUGACCCUCCUGCCUGAGGCGCGCUACGACCAGGUGAUGACAGCCUUUGGCGGGCGCGGUUUCUUGGUGAGGACGGUGGAAGAGCUGUGUAACGCUUUGCAGCUCAGCUUGAGUGAGUGGGAGCGGCCAAGUCUUCUCAACGUGCUCAUCGACCCUUCAUCAGACAGAAAGCAACAGGAGUUCCCUUGGCUGACCCGUUCCAACUUGUAGAAGGAAAGUGAAUCUGUUUUGUUAUUAGAACCGCUGGAAACUUGAAAACAUGAUCGUUUCUUAAUGACCGAAGUUUUUUUCUAUUAAUUACCACGAUAUUGUUGAUUUUUUUGUUUUUUUUGUUUUUUUUUGGGGUAGGGGGUCUUUUAAUGACUGCUAAGCAACCUGAGGUGGCUUUCGAUACUGUACAUAUAGUAAGUACAUCAGUGUCAGUUGACUAAUACAUGGCCAUAUUUCUGCAAAUAUGGUUUAUUUUGAAUUGCAUGAAAUAAUUGAGGGCCCUCGGUGUGGAAUGCUGCGUUCAUUUGGAAUGGAAUUUUUUGUGGUGGUUAAACAGUUCAUGUGAAAAGUCAUGCAUAACACUUGUAAUUAUAUUUUAGUAUAAAAUUCAAACUAAAAAACAAUUGGUGAAAAAGCUUCUGGUUCUACAUACUGAUGUAUUAACCAUUGCAGAAACAAAAAAAUACGUUGUUAAUUGCCAAUAGGCAGCUGUGGUAUAAAUCUUACAUUGGGUGGGGGUCUAAUACAUCUGUUAAGCAUUGUUAUUAACAGGAAAAACAAUUGAAAGCUCUGCAUUGAUACUAACGCAAAAAAAUGUAUGUACUGUAUUGUAUGUAAACUUGUACUUUUUUAUGUCAAAAUUAAUUAUAAAUAUAUCUGAAUUUA